UUUCAUCAGCAUGCUCCUGAACUCCUUGGCAAGCUCUGCUGGUGCCACAUUUGCCAUACCAGAUACUAUACUUUCCCGCAGCUUUAUAGGAGACACGUUUGGUACUAAAUUCCUAGCUAUGGAGUACAGUUCCUAUAGCUAGAGUACAAAUUGAGUAACAGAGAAUGGUACAGUAAGAUCUUCAGGAUUGUACACUCCUCUAUCUUGAUGGAAUAAAUAUGGUGUGUGGUAUGAUUUAUUGAAAUAAUCAUUGAGGUGUGUAUUGUAUUCAUAUCUGUAGGCAUGGAGGAGGCUUAAAUAAAUAAUUCAUAGUUACAGUUGUUUACAAUGAUUUAGAGCUGUGGGCUAUUUGAAAUUAUCUCACAAGUAGAUCUAUAGCAUUAUGCAGCAGACAUGCAGGUCUACUCUAGCUACAAGAAUGGCACAUUGUGAACAUUUCCAUAUGAAUGGCUGACACAUUGCCCAAAUACAUAUAAUAGGAGCAAUGAAUAUCAUUAUUAUUGCCUUCAUCUCUCACUAUUCCACAAUUAAGAUACUAACUCUAGUCUAGGACAUCACUCAGCCAGCUAUAGAAUAAUCAUCUUAUCUUACCCUAUAAGAUAUUAUCAGUCACCUCCUUCAUCCAGUGAACCAUUAAUCAUGGCAAAUGUGGCACCAGCAGAGCUUGCCAAAGAGUUUAGGAGCAUGCUAAUGAAAGUUGCCCAGAAAUUGACAGAGGAUGAGAUGUCACAAAUGUCCUAUGAAGAAGGGUUCACUCUGGAGCUGCCCCCAGGCUCCACUGGACUACAGGACAUGAGGGUCCACUUCUUACUCAAACUAGAAGCCAAGGGCGUCUUCAGUCCCAAGAAUCCUGAUGGUUUCGCUGGUGUACUCAAGCGACUAUCCAGAGAAGAUUUGAUUGUGGAGGUGAAUAAGUACAAGCAGAAUCAUCUACGAGGCAACAAGAAAUUGUUUAAGAGUAAAUCAAAAGAUGUAAUGGUGAAAAAGCCAUCGGAAGCAAAGCAGUCAAUAACGACGACAGAAUAUCCUCAAGACAACCUUGAGGAUAUGUUUGCACUGGCCAUGACCCACGCCAGCAACUUGAUGUCAGUGUUGGAGGAACUUCGUGACCUUAUGCAACAACCCAUACCCAGAGAUAGGCUAGCGGCAGUCACUCCUCAAGUCAAGGAGGCCAUUGUCAUGCUGUCCAAAGAGGAACAGACUGUGGUAUCUGUCUGUGAGAGCUUAAAGAAAGUCUCCGCCGAGACGAAAACCAGUGUGAAUACAAGCAAUCAGAGCAGCCCAAAGCCCCUCAAGGGUGUUCACAGUACAUUUGGCAGAAAAAAGUCUUCAGAAACUCUGAGCCCUAUGUCUAUAGUCUAUAAGAAGAAAACGACACCCCCCUCACCAACUUCAACAACUGAGCCAUUUGCCAUAGGUCCAAAAUCCCCACUUACCCCUCAAAACCCCGAAAACGAUUAUAGUGAGGUUGUUUCUAUGACUACACUUGGAGAAGGCUACGGAAACUAUGACCAGAUCCCAGCUACAAAACAUGCCCAGCUUAAGGCUGACGUUAUAUACGACGUUGUAGCCAAUUAUUGUCCAGAAGAAAGCAGUCCAACUACACAGACGGAGGAGGCUAAUAAGGAUAUAUCACUUUUAGGUGAGGCAAGCUCUGGUGGUAGCAAAACCAGUGACAAAUUAGCCUCGGAGAGUGGGGGGCCAGAGAAGAAGGAUCAGUUGCCAAUAACAAAGAAACCAUCAGAUCCUACGCCCGUGAAGAUGGAGGAGCUGAUAAGUCCUGCUCAGGCAAACAAGAAGAGGCAGCCUUACAUGGAACUAUUGAUCAUGGAAGAUGAAGAGAAAGAUGCUGAUGAUGCUGAUUAUACUGACCUAAUCAAGCUGCCUGAAAUAGUAUCUAAGACUAAUUUGUGAAACUACUAUCUUCCAUGUAUUGUUGUGUGAUUGUCA